ACGUUGGUGAGUGUGAGCACCAUUAUUAUUAUUAUUUAUAGGGGAUAUAUACAAUAUAACCCUAACUUAAUUAGCACACUGGCUGCACCAUUACUUAUACGGGAGUCAUAUAAGCUUAUUUGCCCAGAAAUAAGAGACAUCAUAUUUCAUCAAAAUGUUUGUUUUCUUAAUCGUGAAUUGCCCUAUACAAAGUUGGGAUGCGACGCUGGGGAAACUGGCAAUCUUCUAAAAAUCCCCCCCUUUUUAGAAUAAUCGAAAAUUAUAUAUCGGCUACCAAAUCGAAUUUAUCUGCAUAUAAAAUAGCCUUAUCGACUACUAUGUACGCCAGAUUUGUCAGAUGUAGUUUUAAUAAACGUUUUUUAUCCCAAAAAAGUACAAACAUGUCCAUAAAGGCUGCUCUUAUAGACUUAAGUGGGACUUUACAUGUUGAAGAUGAACCCACUCCUAAUGCUGUUUAUGCUUUGAAAAGAUUACGUGAAACAAAUAUUCAUAUCAAGUUUGUAACGAAUACCACAAAGGAGUCGAGAAAAACACUUCAUGAGCGAUUACAAAAGAUGGGGUUUGAAUUGGAAACAUCUGAAAUUUUUAGUUCAUUAAGUGCUGCGGCAAACUAUGUUGAAAAGGAGAAACUUAAUCCAUUUUAUUUGUUGAGCGAAGAUGCGCGCCGAGACUUUGUUUGCACAGACAAGGAACGCCAACUCGACUCGGUAGUAGUUGGACUAGCCCCCGAUGAAUUCUACUACGAGAACUUAAACAAAGCAUUCAAUUUGCUCAUGGCAAACAAAACUAACCGGCUUAUAGCCAUACAUCAAGGCAAAUAUUAUAAGAGACGUGAUGGUCUUGCACUAGGUCCCGGAGCUUUUAUUAAAGGAUUAGAGUACGCAACUUCCAUACGUUCAAUACUUAUAGGAAAACCUAAUGAAUACUUUUUUCGAAGUGCCAUACCUGAAGGAAUACGUCCAGAGGAAUGUGUUAUGAUAGGGGAUGAUCCCAAUGAUGAUAUUGCAGGCGCAAUGCAAUUAGGAUUAAAAGGUAUACAAGUCAAAACAGGAAAAUAUUUAGCAGACAUAGUCGUUACUCCACCUCCAACCGCUCUUGUUGAAAAUUUCUCAGAGGCAGUAGAUUGGAUAACAAAAAAAAUUUAAUGUAAAAGUUUAAUUCGAUUAAAUAAUAUGUACAUAGAUAGAAAAAUGUUGACGUUUAUAGGUAAUAAAUUCAGAAACCACUAAAAUAAGCGCGGCUAUUGUCUGCUUUCUAAUGCGAUUUAAA